GUGGUCCUAUGGAUUGGGAGGUCCCAUAAGAGUUCGAGUUGCCAGUGCUUGGCGAGAAAGGAAGAGGCUUUCCCCCAAAUCAAGGCUCGUGCCUAUUUUGAACACCGAGCACCUUGCUCAUGAUCAUGGAUGGGAGUGCCUUACGCUCUAAUUCUGAAUGGUGCUCUCCUUCAAAGCAGUGAUGAUGGUCGUUUCAUAAUAGCCAUGCAAGGCCCGAAGAGUUGCUGACUGGAUUGGAUAAUUUCAGUGCUGAGUGCCAAAUUGCUUCGCGUGUCACUUAUGGGCCAGCCUCCCCCUCCCCCACCCAGUAAUUACUAACGUAUAUAUAUGCCUUCUGGCUUGAUCAUGUUCUUUGCCAGUCUGCAAAUUUGUAUUUCCCAGUUUCUCUGGGUCCGGGAAUCGGAAUUCUUAGUUGACAGCUGUGUUUUCCACUCACGCUCAGUUCGUCAAGCUAUGGUUGGCACUGUCAAAGACAUGUCUACUAAGAGGCAGUCCAUUGCUGAGGCUAUGGCUAGUAUACCGUCUAUCGCAUGUCCAUUUGUAUGCGGGCGCACUAUUCUGGGAGAACCAUUGCCUCCUUACGCUUUCCAAUGGAUUCUGGCACAGUUGUGGCUGCUGAUCAACCAAGGCACAUACAAUACAGAGCGCCCGCGGCGGUGGAACAAAAAGUCAAAGCGCGCGCGGAAAAAUAAAAUGAAGAAGGGAUGGACCCCGAGAAUCUGGAAGCGUGAGGUCGGCUGUUGCACACGGGCAAGGAGAGGCUGGAAGAACUGGCGAUCUAAUCAGCGGAGGAGCAGACAGGGUGAAGAGUUCCCCCUUGAAGAAGUGGCUGAAACGAUCGUCAAUGACCCGCCAACACCCGAACAGGUACAACGAGUAACCGGCAGACCGCCAGUAGUGUAUCUUGUUGGGUCCUCCAUUUAUGUUACGAUGUAUUAAAUUUGAAGCCCUAGCUGUGGACUUGGUGGGUGGCGUAACAAAGUUUGUGUCAUGUAAUAUGGAAUUCACCCCAGGAUGAUUGAA